CCAGUGUGAGAAGCAGUGUGUGUGAGUGUGUGUGUGUGUGUGUGUGUGUGUGUGUGUGUGGUGUAAAUGUGCUUUUCAAAGUGCUGAGAGGUUGAUGGGAAUGUUUGAUUAGCUUCUCUCAGAAGAGAAAAGGUGCUUGGACUUCUUGUUUCUUCUUUAGAAUAAUUUGGAUGGGAUUUGUGAUGCAGAACAGCUUAAGGAAAAAAGAAUAUCCAUUCAGUGUGGUGGAAAAUUUUUGAAAAAAAAUUUGCUUUCUUCAAACAAGGGUGCCGUUUUGAUAUUCAUGGGGAUUGUUGUCCUCACUAUGAAGGCAUCUGUUAUUGAAAUGUUCCUUGUUUUGCUGGUGACUGGAAUACAGUCAAAUAAAGAAAUGACAAAGAAGAUUAAAAGGCCUAAAUUCACUGUGCCUCAGAUCAACUGCGAUGUGAAAGCUGGAAAGAUAAUGAAUCCUGAGUUCUUGGUGAAGUGCCCAGCAGGAUGCCAGGACCCUAGGUACCAUGUCUAUGGCACUGAUGUCUAUGCAUCCUACUCCAGCGUGUGCGGUGCUGCAGUUCACAGUGGUGUGCUUGAUAACUCAGGAGGGAAAAUACUUGUUCGGAAAGUUGCUGGACAGUCUGGCUACCACGGGAGUUAUUCCAAUGGAGUCUGGUCAUUAUCCCUUCCACGAUGGAGAGAGUCAUUUGUGGUCUCAGAAGGUAAACCCCAAAAGGGUGUAACCUACCCAUCGGCUCUUACAUAUUCAUCAUCUAAAAGCCCAGCUGCCAAAGCAGGUGAGACCACAAAAGCCUAUCAGAGCCCAUCAGUUCCAGGGACAACCGCACAGCCAGUCACCCUGAUGCAGGUACUGGGGACCACUGCAGUCGAAGCCACCCACACUGCCUUGCCAAAGCCAUCCCCAUCUGCAGGCUUUACCACCAGCAGCCUCAGACUACAGCCUGUGGGCCAGAGAAGCCGGGAGCUGGGGGAGGAACCUGACUUAUGGAAACCUGGAUCAGUCCUUCUAGAUGCAGGAUUUGUUCCAAAAGAAGAAUUAAGCACACAGUCUUUGGAGCCAGUAUCCCAGGGAGAUCCAAGCUGCAAAGUCGACUUGUCGUUUUUGAUCGAUGGGAGCUCAAGCAUCGGCAAACGGCGAUUCCGAAUCCAGAAGCAGUUCCUGGCCGACGUUGCCCAAGCUCUCGACAUCGGCCCUGCCGGUCCAUUGAUGGGCGUUGUUCAGUACGGAGACAACCCUGCUACCCACUUUAAUCUCAAGACUCACAUGAAUUCCCGGGAUCUGAAGACGGCCAUAGAAAAAAUCACCCAGAGAGGAGGGCUUUCUAAUGUAGGCCGGGCCAUCUCCUUUGUGACCAAGAACUUCUUUUCCAAAUCCAAUGGAAACAGAGGCGGUGCUCCCAAUGUGGCCGUGGUGAUGGUGGACGGCUGGCCUACGGACAAGGUGGAGGAGGCAUCAAGGCUUGCAAGAGAGUCAGGAAUCAAUAUUUUCUUCAUCACCAUUGAAGGUGCGGUGGAAAAUGAGAAGCAAUAUGUGCUGGAGCCCAACUUUGCAAACAAGGCUGUGUGCAGAACCAACGGCUUCUACUCACUCAAUGUGCAGAACUGGUACGGCCUCCACAAGAGCGUGCAGCCCCUGGUGAAGCGGGUCUGUGACACCGACCGGCUGGCCUGCAGCAAGACCUGCCUGAACUCAGCCGACAUCGGCUUCGUCAUCGACGGCUCCAGUAGCGUGGGGACAGGCAACUUCCGCACUGUCCUCCAGUUUGUGGCCAACCUCAGCAAGGAGUUUGAGAUUUCUGACACGGACACGCGGGUCGGGGCCGUGCAGUACACCUACGAGCAGCGGCUAGAGUUUGGAUUUGACCAGUACACCACCAAGCCCGACGUCCUCAACGCCAUCAAGAGGGUGGGGUAUUGGAGCGGUGGGACCAGCACCGGGGCUGCCAUCAACUAUGCCCUAGAACAGCUCUUCAAGAAGUCCAAGCCCAACAAGAGGAAGUUAAUGAUUCUCAUCACGGACGGGAGGUCCUACGACGACGUCCGGAUACCAGCCAUGGUUGCGCAUCACAAGGGUGUGAUCACCUACGCAAUAGGCGUGGCAUGGGCUGCACAGGAGGAGCUGGAAAUCAUCGCCACUCACCCUGCCAGGGACCAUGCCUUCUUUGUGGACGAGUUUGACAACCUCUACAAAUCCGUGCCCAAGGUCAUCCAGAACAUUUGUACAGAGUUCAACUCACAGCCUCGGAACUGAAUUCAGAGCAGGCAAAGCACCAGCAAGAGCUGCUUUCCCGACCAGCUCUGGGACAACCCCCAAUGCUUUAUGGGACGCACGUGGGGCAGCAAGGCAUGCAGGACUUGGAAAGGAUGUCUUGUUAUUAUUCUUUGCCAGUGUGGUUUUUCAGACUUCAAGACUUGGAGUUAGAAAGAUGAUCAUAAAUGUGUAGAAUGAGCCAAAAUGAUAGGUCAUUUUGGGAGUGCUGGGGAUUUUAAUUUUGAGAAUUGUUUUUAAAGUAAGUAUUGAGAAUAGAACGCAGCACUUAUGACAGGCUUAAGUAGAGUUUUUGUGAGAUUUUUCACAUUUUUAUUUCCCCUUGGAAUUCUGUAACUCUCCACAAGUUCAUUUUUGUCAUGACAGUAGAAGAGUCGAUUAAUUAAAUGUUUGAAAGGA